AUGUGUCGCAUGCAGACUCUUCUUCUCUCGCUUCGACUUGCUCUCGGAAACAAAAUCUUCGGCAAAGUUGGCUUCUGGGGGGUCCGAGUCAGCCCUGGAAGAAUCAUCAAAGGGCCCUGCGAGACAACAGAGCUUGCGGCCCUACAGUAUGUCGCUGAGAACACAACUAUACCUGUUCCAAAAGUCCUUAAAGUCCAUGAUUACAACGGCCGACUUUACAUUGAACUAGAAUGGAUUCGUGGAAUUGAUUUGCAAGCCGCGUGGCUUCGUGGAAAUCUUUCACCUAACCAGAAAACACUGCUUAUUACCGAAAUUGCAGCGUACAUUUCCCAGCUGCGAAAUCUUGAGCCCCCACGGCCGGGGUUUGUUGGUUCGGUGUCCCAAGGCGAAAGCCUGGACCAUCGAGUUGGGUCGGCGCCUUUUGGCCCCUUUACCAGUCACACGGAAUUCCACUCCUUUCUUCGAAGACAUAUCCCGCUUCAUGAUAGCUCAAAGGUGUUCGGCCCCGAAGUCGAGAAGUGCCAUUCCCGUGCCUACCGGAGCUGUUUUACUCAUGCUGACCUCAGCCCGCGGAACAUCAUUGUACGAGACGGGAGAGUAGCAGCCAUCAUUGAUUGGCAAUUUGGCGGUUGGUAUCCGGAGUAUUGGGAGUAUACAAAGGCUUAUUUUGGCCAACUUGAAAUAUCAGAUUGGUAUGAAGGAUUACACCACGCCUUCGACAGCUACGAGGACGAAUUAAAGGCCGAGCGGCUUCUUUGGAGGCAAUGUGACCAACCUGGGAUGCCUUGGUAG